ACAGCUACCCCUUCAGUAGCGAGCAAUUAUCAGAGAAUCCACAUUUGACAGCCGGUCAAAUUUGAAGAAAGGGUUCCUAAGGGCUGGUAACGUGGUUACAUCGAGCGGUGUGGCUUUGCGCAUUGGUUUCAGUGCGCACACUGGGCGCCGUGGAUGCGCGUCCACGGAGAACAACUUAGCCCGACUUCAUCUGGAAACCUUCUGCUUUCCUUAACGGCUUAUAGAUGAAAACUACCCUGGAGGAAACUCUUCGUAGGACAAGGAGCCCGUCAGUCUGCGGCGCACGGCGCAACACCGGCGACCAUGUCGGACAACUUCACGGAUUUUAACAACGACACCCUGCCGGCGGCCGCCGUCACACAUUUAAACUUCCCAGCUCUCAUUUUCGGGAUUUUCUUGAUCAUCGUCGUCACCUGUGGAAAUGUGCUCGUGUGUAUAAGCGUUUACUUGGAGAAAGCUUUAAAAACCACUACAAACUACUUUAUAGUGAGUCUGGCAUUUGCAGACCUGCUGCUGGCGGUGCUGGUUCUCCCUCUCUUCGUUUACGCAGAGUUUCAGGGUGGAGUCUGGUCCUUAAACAUGCUGAUGUGUGAUGGCCUGAUGACCAUGGAUGUGAUGCUGUGCACCGCAUCAAUAUUUAACCUCUGUGCUAUCAGUGUGGACAGGUUUAUUGCCGUGUCCAUUCCACUAAACUACAACCGCAAACAUGUGGACCAUCGUCAGAUCAUCCUGCUAUCUGCCACCUGGCUGCUGGCCUUAGCAGUGGCCUCGCCUGUCAUAUUUGGCAUCAACAACGUACCUAACCGUGAUCCCACAGAGUGUAAAUUGGAGGACAACAACUAUGUGGUGUAUUCCUCAGUCUGCUCCUUCUUCAUUCCUUGCCCCAUCAUGGUCCUGCUCUACUUUGGGGUUUUCCGCGGGCUGCGUCGCUGGGAGGAGACCCGUAAGGCCAAACUACGAAGCAGCAUCGAGGCCUGCAGGAAGCUGCAGCACGCCGCCAUCACCACGACCCUCGCCCCAGUGCCGGGCACCAUCCCUGGACCUCUGCCCAUGCCUCUGCCCAGGAUUAUUGAGAGAGAUCUAGCCCAGUCUCGCAUGGAUGAUUCUGGCGACUACAUACAACAGGAGAUUCCUUAUCCACGGCAGUACAGAGAGAACUCGGUGCCUACGCUGACCUUCAGCCAGCAGCAAAUGAAGACGAGAGCCAAGCUCAACAGCAGGGAGAGGAAAGCUAUGAAGGUCCUGCCUGUCGUAGUAGGUUGCUUCUUGUUCUGCUGGACUCCAUUCUUUGUGGUCCAUACGAUGCGAGCCGUGUGUCUGACAUGCAGCAUCCAUCCUGGUCUAAUGAGCACUGUCACCUGGUUGGGCUACGUCAACAGUGCUCUCAACCCCAUAAUUUACACCAUGUUCAACACAGAGUUCAAGAAAUUCUUCAAGAAAUGCUUCCGCAGCUGCUGCUGACAACAGAUUUCCCACCACAGACUCUGCAGUGAGCUGAAGGCGGAAUGACGAGACUGGGAAUGGGUUUUGGAAGGAUUUACAGGAUUUACAGCAUAUGACUUCUGCUGGAAAGUCAGAGGUUUUCAGUUUAACCACUUACUUAUGGUUGAUAGUGGCUUGCUGACAACUUAUUAAGAUUGUUUCUAAGUUGCAAAUACUGAUCUUAUAAAUUCCAUAUCUGGGUCUGUUUUCUCCGUUGAUGACGUGAUUUUGUGAUCCCCACGAAUUACGGCCUAGAAAAAACUAACAGUGCAUUUGUGGAAAGCUACAGAAAACAGAUGAACACAGCCUCCCUUAUUGAAAACAGAGAUUUCACUUUGUCUACAUGGCACUUUUUUUGGAAUAUACUGUCCAUCAGCCUUGGCUGGCUGGGGUUACUGUGAGCCAGUUCCACAGAAGGACAUGAGCAUCUCAAAACAUCUCCAACUAUACGGAAAGACUGAGUAAGCUUCAACAGAGCAGAAUGACAAGCAGCUAAAAGCAGCUUCAAGAGCAAAAACUUGUCUAAAAUCAGCCACUCAUGCCUACUGUUAUGAAUAAGCAUAAAGCAACAGUUUGGCAUGAUGUGUUUCUUGCAGACAGAUAAAGAAGAUAAACACCGGUCUCAUGUUUGUGUGGUAAAUAUGAAGCUACAGCCAGCAGCUGCCUAGCUUAACUUAGCUCAGAGUAGCUUAGCUUAGCUCAGUAUAGCUUAGCUUAGGCUAAAGGCUGGAAGGAAUAGAAACAUUAAAAACAUUGUACAGCUCUGAAUUAUUGUCAUCUCGGCCACAUAGUAGCAAUUUUCAGUCAUUAGAAGCAGAAUUAGUAAUCAGUGCUCGCUUAUGAGUUACCCACUGAAUAAAGACUUUUAUAGUAUUAGAUGUGAUUAGCGGCACAGCAAGAUGCACUAUGUAGGGUUACAAGUCCUACUUUGACUCUGCUCAGAAGACUGUAUUGCCUCCUUUACAUUACCAGUCUAGAAUCUAGUGUGCGACCUUUUCCAGCCUUUAUGCUGAUCAUAGCUGAGCUAAACAACCUCUGGCUAUAGUGUGAGUGUGUUUGACUGAGUGGAAGGAUAUAAUGAUGUUGUGUUUAUUCUAUCUACAGGUAAGAAACCAUUCAAGUGUUUCCAUACAUAACAGACUGAAUAAAUUUUUUGAUAUAAUGAAAAGUUCACAUCAGUUCAAUUUAGACUGCUUCUAGAUCAGGCAUGGCUAAUCUGUAAAACUGUGCAUCAGAUCUUGUCGUAUGAAUUGUCAGGUACAGUUAAGCAUUGUAACUGCCUAACUGAUUUUAGCUGAAAAUGGAAAAAUGUUUUUCCUUCAGAGAAAGAGGAUUUUGGAACGAGACCCAAAGUGUGAAAGAUAACAAUAUUUAAUGAUGAACUGCUGACAUCUAAUGAGCUGGUGUGAACCUCUUCAAUGGUAUACAACACUGAAUAUAGCACAGUCGAAACUAGCUUACUUUAACUGCUUUAAAGUAAUUUUAAGAUAUGUAAUAAUGAAAUGAUUCAUAUAAUAUUAGUAGCUUUAUGCCUUAAAUUCAAAGGAUGUUCUUGUCCAUCAUGAUAGAAUUGAUCCAUCUAAAACACAUGCAAAAAAAUGUAAGCUGUCGUGGAAAUAAUGAGUAAUUUAUUCCUUUCUCUGCUUCAGCGCUGAAGGAACUGCACGUCUACAUAAAGUUUUGUUAUAUAUACUAUAUUUGCUCAACUUCUCAUUAUUACAGGAAAUGAGUGGUAUUAAUAAUUAUUUUUAAAUUGCUAAAUAACAGCAGCUUAUGAUACUUAAGAUACCACAUGUUCCUUCUGCAAACAUUAUUUUCUACAUUUUCUUUCACAUAUAGACACAUAAUAUGUAGUAUGAUUGUAAUGCAUGUUGUAAGGGGAAGAAAAUUACAAUAGUUUUCUGAUACUGUAAGAAGACAUUCUUGUUGGUUUAGUUCAAGGCAUAAUAUAAUGAAAAUGUGUGCCAUUUUAACGAGCAUUUGUUGUUAAUGUAAGAAACCAUGCUAAUAUUGUUAUUGUUCCUAGAGCAAUAUUACAGGAAUAUAAGAUAAAACAACUAUUGCUGUCUCACAAGAUUCCAGUUAAAGCACAUUAUUGCUGAAUAAUACCGAAAAAUCUUAAAAACAGCUGUAGACGUUGCAAUUUUAUUUGGUCAUUGGUGUAUUUCCAGUGUGCUUGAUGCUGAAUGAAAGCUCACAGAAAGUUUUUCCACGUUUUGUGAGUGGUAUCAUUACCACUCUGUGUUUUGUUACUGACUGUGCCUACUGUAUGCCACAUCCACACUUUAAG